AUGGCGAGCCUCGCCGCGCUCGCCCUCAGCCUGCUCCUGCGGUUGCAGCUGCCGCCGCUACCCGGCGCCCGGGCGCAGAGCGCCGCAGGUGGCUGUUCCUUUGAUGACCACUACAGCAACUGUGGUUACAGCGUGGCCCUGGGGACCAAUGGGUUUACCUGGGAGCAGAUUAACACGUGGGAGAAACCAAUGUUGGACCCGGCGGUGCCUACAGGAUCCUUCAUGAUGGUGAACAGCUCUGGGAGGGCCUCUGGCCAGAAGGCGCACCUUCUCCUGCCGACCCUGAAGGAGAAUGACACCCACUGCAUCGAUUUCCAUUACUACUUCUCCAGCCGCGACAGGUCCAGCCCGGGGGCCUUGAAUGUCUAUGUGAAGGUGAACGGUGGGCCCCAGGGGAACCCUGUCUGGAACGUGUCUGGGGUCGUCACUGAGGGCUGGGUGAAGACAGAGCUUGCCAUCAGCACCUUCUGGCCACAUUUCUACCAGGUGAUAUUUGAAUCCGUCUCUCUGAAGGGUCAUCCUGGCUACAUCGCUGUGGACGAGGUCCGGGUCCUUGCCCAUCCAUGCAGAAAAGCACCUCAUUUUCUGCGGCUCCAAAAUGUCGAGGUGAACGUGGGGCAGAAUGCCACCUUUCAGUGCAUUGCUGGUGGAAAGUGGUCUCAGCAUGACAAACUUUGGCUCCAGCAAUGGAAUGGCAGGGACACGGCCCUCAUGGUCACCCGCGUGGUCAACCACAGGCGCUUCUCGGCGACAGUCAGUGUGGCGGACACUACCCAGCGGAGUGUGAGCAAGUACCGCUGUGUGAUCCGCUCUGACGGUGGCUCUGGUGUGUCCAACUACGCUGAGCUGAUUGUGAAAGAGCCUCCCACACCCAUCGCCCCCCCAGAGCUGCUGGCCGUGGGGGCCACAUACCUGUGGAUCAAGCCGAAUGCCAACUCCAUCAUUGGAGACGGCCCCAUCAUCCUGAAGGAGGUGGAGUACCGCACCACCACCGGCACCUGGGCAGAGACCCACAUCGUCGACUCUCCCAACUAUAAGCUGUGGCACCUGGACCCCGAUGUGGAGUAUGAGAUCCGGGUACUGCUCACGCGACCAGGGGAAGGGGGCACGGGACCACCAGGGCCUCCCCUCACCACCAGAACCAAGUGUGCAGACCCGGUGCACGGCCCGCAAAACGUGGAGAUCGUGGACAUCCGAGCCCGGCAGCUGACGCUGCAGUGGGAGCCCUUCGGCUACGCGGUGACCCGCUGCCACAGCUACAACCUCACGGUGCAGUACCAGUACGUGUUCAACCAGCAGCAGUACGAGGCCGAAGAGCUCAUUCAGACCUCCUCCCACUACACCCUGCGGGGCCUGCGCCCCUUCAUGACCAUCCGGCUGCGGCUGCUGCUGUCCAACCCCGAGGGCCGGAUGGAGAGUGAGCAGCUGGUGGUGCAGACGGAGGAGGAUGUUCCAGGAGCUGUUCCUCUAGAGUCCAUCCAAGGGGGUCCCUUUGAGGAGAAGAUCUACAUCCAGUGGAAACCUCCCAAUGAGACCAACGGGGUCAUCACGCUGUACGAGAUCAACUACAAGGCCGUGGGCUCAUUGGACCCGAGUGCCGACCUCUCCAGCCAGAGGGGCAAAGUGUUCAAGCUUCGGAAUGAAACCCACCACCUCUUUGUGGGUCUGUACCCCGGGACCACCUACUCCUUCACCAUCAAGGCCAGCACAGCAAAGGGCUUUGGGCCCCCUGUUACCACCAGGAUCGCCACCAAAAUUUCAGCUCCAUCGAUGCCUGAAUAUGACACAGACACCCCACUGAAUGAAACAGACACGACCAUCACAGUGAUGCUGAAGCCCGCUCAGUCUCGGGGAGCCCCUGUCAGUGUUUAUCAGCUGGUUGUCAAGGAGGAGCGACUUCAGAAGUCACGGAGGGCAGCUGACAUCAUUGAGUGCUUUUCGGUGCCGGUGAGCUAUAGGAAUGCCUCCAGCCUCGAUUCUCUACACUACUUUGCUGCUGAGUUGAAGCCUGCCAACCUGCCUGUCACCCAGCCAUUUACAGUGGGUGACAACAAGACAUACAAUGGCUACUGGAACCCACCUCUUUCCCCUCUGAAAAGCUACAGCAUCUACUUCCAGGCACUCAGCAAAGCAAAUGGAGAGACCAAAAUCAACUGUGUUCGUCUGGCUACGAAAGCACCAAUGGGCAGCGCCCAGGUGACCCCGGGGACUCCACUCUGCCUUCUCACCACAGGUGCCUCCACUCAGAAUUCCAACACCGUGGAGCCAGAGAAGCAGGUGGACAACACUGUGAAGAUGGCCGGCGUGGUCGCCGGCCUCCUCAUGUUCAUCAUCAUUCUCCUGGGCGUGAUACUCACCAUCAAAAGACGAAGAAAUGCUUAUUCCUACUCCUAUUACUUGAAGCUGGCCAAGAAGCAGAAGGAGACCCAGAGUGGAGCGCAGAGGGAGAUGGGGCCCGUGGCCUCGGCCGACAAACCCACCACCAAGCUCAGCACUGGCCGCAACGACGAAGGCUUCUCUAGCUCACAGGACGUUAACGGAUUCACAGAUGGCAGCCGUGGGGAGCUGUCCCAGCCCACCCUCACGAUCCAGACUCACCCCUACCGGGCCUGUGACCCCGUGGAGAUGAGCUAUCCCCGGGACCAGUUCCAGCCCGCCAUCCGGGUGGCUGACCUGCUCCAGCACAUCACUCAGAUGAAGAGAGGCCAGGGCUACGGGUUCAAGGAGGAAUAUGAGGCCUUACCGGAGGGGCAGACAGCCUCGUGGGACACAGCCAAAGAGGAUGAAAACCGCAACAAGAAUCGAUACGGCAACAUCAUAUCCUAUGACCAUUCUCGAGUGAGGCUGCUGGUGCUGGAUGGAGACCCACACUCCGACUACAUCAACGCCAACUACAUUGAUGGGUACCAUCGGCCUCGGCACUACAUUGCUACUCAAGGUCCCAUGCAGGAGACCGUAAAGGACUUCUGGAGGAUGAUCUGGCAGGAGAACUCGGCCAGCAUCGUCAUGGUCACAAACCUCGUGGAAGUGGGCAGGGUGAAGUGUGUGCGAUACUGGCCGGAUGACAUGGAGGUCUACGGAGACAUUAAAGUCACCCUGAUCGAAACAGAGCCCCUGGCGGAGUACAUCAUCCGCACCUUCACAGUCCAGAAGAAAGGCUACCAUGAGAUCCGGGAGCUCCGCCUCUUCCACUUCACCAGCUGGCCCGACCACGGCGUCCCCUGCUAUGCCACCGGCCUCCUCGGCUUUGUCCGCCAGGUCAAGUUCCUCAAUCCCCCAGAAGCUGGGCCCAUAGUGGUCCACUGCAGUGCUGGUGCCGGGAGGACUGGCUGCUUCAUCGCCAUCGACACCAUGCUUGACAUGGCCGAGAAUGAAGGGGUGGUGGACAUCUUCAACUGCGUGCGUGAGCUCCGGGCCCAGAGGGUCAACCUGGUGCAGACGGAGGAGCAGUAUGUGUUUGUGCACGACGCCAUCCUGGAAGCGUGUCUCUGCGGCAACACGGCCAUCCCGGUAUGCGAGUUCCGCUCUCUCUACUACAAUAUCAGCAGGCUGGACCCCCAGACCAACUCCAGCCAAAUCAAAGACGAAUUUCAGACCCUCAACAUCGUGACUCCUCGCGUCCGGCCCGAGGACUGCAGCAUCGGUCUCCUGCCCCGGAACCAUGAUAAGAAUCGGAGCAUGGAUGUCCUGCCUCUGGACCGCUGCCUGCCCUUCCUCAUCUCGGUGGAUGGAGAAUCUAGCAACUACAUCAAUGCGGCACUGAUGGAUAGCCACAAGCAGCCUGCCGCGUUCGUGGUCACACAACACCCUCUACCCAACACCGUGGCGGACUUCUGGAGGCUGGUGUUCGAUUAUAACUGCUCCUCUGUGGUGAUGCUGAAUGAGCUGGACACUGCCCAGCUCUGUAUGCAGUACUGGCCUGAGAAGACCUCGGGGUGCUACGGGCCCAUCCAGGUAGAAUUCGUCUCCGCAGACAUCGAUGAGGACAUCAUCCACAGAAUAUUCCGCAUCUGUAACAUGGCUCGGCCACAGGAUGGAUAUCGUAUAGUCCAGCACCUCCAGUACAUUGGCUGGCCUGCCUACCGGGACACACCCCCCUCCAAGCGCUCUCUGCUCAAAGUGGUCCGACGGCUGGAGAAGUGGCAGGAGCAGUACGAUGGGAGGGAGGGACGCACUGUGGUCCACUGCCUAAAUGGGGGAGGCCGCAGCGGAACCUUCUGUGCUGUCUGCAGCGUGUGUGAGAUGAUCCAGCAGCAAAACAUCAUCGAUGUGUUCCACAUCGUGAAAACAUUACGUAACAACAAGUCCAACAUGGUGGAGACCCUGGAACAGUAUAAAUUUGUAUACGAGGUGGCACUGGAAUAUUUAAGCUCCUUUUAGCCCAAUGGCGUGGAGAACCUGCCGGAGUCCAGAGGCUGCUGCAGCCAACCCCCUUUUCUGCGAACGGCAGCGACUGGGCUCAGGGGCUAGGCGGUGGCGCCCUGCCCAACUCCAAGGAGAAGACUGGUGGGCCUGUGGUCCACGGUGGGCUCUGUACCUUCGGAGGAGUCUCCAGUUGCUGUGGAGGACGCCGCCCUGAAAGGCCCAGGCUUCCUUUUCCAGCCUCAGGCACGGGCCCAUACAGAAGUGCACCUGUAUAGCAAGGCCCGGAUUUUUCAGUGCCCAGACCUCUUCCUUUUGCUCUUUUCAGGUUUGUGAAUCUCGAGGCAAGCUGACUGUGUGGGUACAGGGGAGUGACAGGCCUGGCGGCACCUCCUCUGCCCUCCGUCCUCUGGGCGGUGGGGGGCUGUGUGCUUUCCUCCUCCAGGGGUCGUGAAUAUGACCGGGCUCUGCUGCCGUCUCCUUCAGGGACCUCUGGAUCACUGGGACUUCAGGAUGCUCCCGAGACCACAGCAGAGGCCCCCAUCCUCCCAACUAACCUGCAUGGGGCUUGGCCCACCACCAUUGUGUACUCGUCCCCCAGCCCAGGCCUUGACCUUCUGUCAUUCACUGGCCAGUCCGCUGUGUCCGCGGCAGUCCUGGACGAAGGUCUGCUUUGCGUUUUUGUGGUCAGUGCGGUGGGGCAGAACUGCAGGGGACUUUGCUGCUGCUCCUUGUGUCUGUGAAGAAGGACUGCCUCCCUGGGGCACGGCUCUGGCUGACCCUGUGUGUCUUGGGCGGUGGUGGCUCCUUUGGGAGGGAUGAACAAGUUAAGAUUUGAUGAUUUUCCAAA